CGAAGGGUCAGGAUCGUAGAACCAAUUAAAAUAAUGUAUAAAAUAAUCUGUUUGAUUUUCUGCGUAGUCGUGAGUUUGAACAGCGUUCAUGGAAAUGUAGAAGAUAAAAUAGCUAUCAUGAGUGCCAUGAAGCCAAUAGUGGAUGAGUGCGCUAAGAAACAUGGCGUCACACUUGAAGCCCUCUUGGCUGCUAAAGCAUCAGGGAAAAUAGACGGCAUUGAACCUUGUUUCUAUAGUUGUGUUUAUAAGAAAACAGAAUUUUUGAACAGUAAGGGCGAAUACGAUGUGGAUAAUUCCUUAGUCAAGCUUAAGAAGUACAUUAGCAGCGAUGAUGAUUACGCCAAAUUCUCACAAAUUGGAAAAGAUUGUGCAUCAGUUAACUCAAUGCCUGUCGGGGAUGGAGAAGCUGGAUGCGAGAGAGCUGUGCUACUAACCCAAUGUUUUUUGGAACACAAGGGCGCGGUUCCCAUGUAAACUCUUGAAGACGGAUAAAAUGCUAAACUAAGUACAUUAACCUAUAAGUUUACCAACUUAUUACAUUUCUUUGUUGUACCUUAC